GCUACCGACAUCCGGGCCCUUCGCACGCCGCCGUCCCAGCGCCCGGAGCCGCCGGGAGCCGCGCCGCAGCAAAGCGUUUGUGCCCCCUCUUACUACUUAUUAUUUUUGACGGCUCGCGCUGCCGCCGGUGCCACUGCGGACGGCGCCCCUGGGACAGCCCCACGGAGGACGACGCCACGGGAGUUGACUUCGCCGCCGCUCGCCGGGUCGCAUCCCUCUUCGCCCGGCUCCGUGCGUGGAAACGGGCAAAACCACGUUCCCUCCCGUCUAAAAGCUCAGAGGCUGAUCCUUCUGAAAGCCCCUGAAAGACCCAACUCUAUGGGAACUGAGACCGCUUGACUGCUUUCAACGCCCCUCAGGAUCUGGUCCUAGGAAAUGCUCAAAGGCGCCAACGGAAAAUUGUCUGAGAUUUGAAACGAAGAAAAGGGUAACGGGCACUAAAUGAGAAUAUGGCCAAUGGCAUUGAAGAUCUUAUCGGGAUCCCAUUCCCGAACCACAGCAGUGAAGUCUUAUGUGGUUUAAAUGAGCAGCGACAUGAUGGUCUCCUCUGCGAUGUCAUCCUCAUUGUACAGGACCAGGAGUACCGGACUCAUCGGUCUGUCCUUGCUGCCUGCAGCAAAUACUUCAAAAAACUAUUCACUACCGGCACUUUAACAGACCAGCCCUAUGUUUACGAGAUUGACUUUGUCAAACCUGAAGCACUUUCUGCCAUCCUCGAGUUUGCUUACACCUCAACCCUCACCAUCACCACCUCAAAUGUCAAGCACAUUCUCAGCGCUGCCAAGAUGCUGGAGAUUCAGUGCAUUAUCAACGUAUGCCUUGAAAUCAUGGAGCCUGACAGAGAGGCAGAAGAGGACGAUGACAAAGAGGACGAAGAUGAUGAUGAAGAUGAAGAUGAAGAUGAGGAGGAAGAGGAGGAGGAGGAGGAGGAGGAAGUGGAGGAUUUUGUCAAUCAGGAGAACCUAACUGAUGUCCAAGAAGUAAGCUGUCACCAAAGCCCUUCUAAGUCUGAUCUUACUGAAGAAACAUAUACAGAAGCACCUAAAGACUUUCCAAAUCACUAUCCAGCCAAUAACUCAUCUGGACACUUAGGUGUGAUACGAGACUUCUCCAUUGAGUCCUUGCUAAGGGAGAACUUGUACCCUAAGGCAAACAUCCCAGAAAGGAGGCCAGCUCUCUCUCCUUUCACCCCUAACUUCUUCCCCCACCUAUGGAAUGGCGAUUUUAGCUCCUUUUCCCAGCUCGAAGAGCCACAGGUAGACAAUGGCCCUUUGGAUCUGGUGAUCAAAAAGAGGAAGAUCAAGGAAGAGGAGGAGAAGGAAGACCUGCCUCCACCUCCUUUCCCUAAUGACUUCUUCAAGGACAUGUUUACCAACAGCCCAGCAGCUCCCUUAGGGCAUAUUAAGGCAGAGACUGACUAUAGUGCUUAUCUCAAUUUCCUAAGUGCAACCCAGUUUGGAGGAGUUUUUCCUCCAUGGCCCCUGGAGGAAGAGAGGAAGAUAAAGCCCAAGGCAUCCCAGCAGUGUCCCAUUUGUAACAAAGUCAUCAUGGGGGCCGGAAAGCUGCCUCGGCACAUGAGGACCCAUACAGGAGAGAAGCCGUAUAUGUGCAAUAUCUGUGAAGUCCGCUUUACCAGGCAGGACAAGCUCAAGAUCCACAUGCGGAAGCACACGGGCGAGCGGCCCUACCUCUGCAUCCACUGCAACGCCAAGUUCGUGCACAACUACGACCUGAAGAACCACAUGCGCAUCCACACGGGCGUGCGGCCCUACCAGUGCGAGUUCUGCUACAAGAGCUUCACGCGCUCCGACCACCUCCACCGCCACAUCAAGCGCCAGAGCUGCCGCAUAGCCCGGCCCCGGCGGGGCCGCAAGCCGGCGGCGUGGCGGGCCGCCGGCCUGCUCUUCGCCCCCGGCGGCGCGCCGGGCGAGAAGGGCUUCGCCGUGCCGCCCGCCCUGCAGGAGAUGGGCGGCCACCUCGGCGGCGGGCCCGUGUGCCUUCCCGGCCCCAGCCCCGAGCACUUCCUCGGCGGGACCAAGGACGCUUUUAGCCUGCAGGAGCUGGAGAGCCGGUUCGAGGAGACGCAGCUGAAGCUGCUGAGGCGAGCCCAGCUGGACAUGGAGAGGAACGCGGGCAUCUUCGCCUUCGCCCUGGGCCGUAACGACAACCUCUCGGCCCAGCCUUUCUUCCCGCUGCCCGACCCCUGGAGCGCCGGCUUCAGCGGCCUGGCGGGGCUGGCCCACGUGGCCCCCAUCUCCGAGGCGGACAACUGAACCGGCCCCGGGAGGGCUCCGCCGCCGAGAAGGGAGCUGUGCGCGCGCCGCCAGCCCGGCCGGCGCUGCCGCUCCCCUGGACGCCCCCGAAAACGUCGCUUGCCUUAGCCCGCGGCCGUCUCCGCCGGACGGCUCUUCUGGGGAGGCCUCGGCCGUUCUCCAGCCGCCCGCUGGGCACGGACGGGCCGUCCGGGCUUCCUUCCGAUACGUGACAUUCCUCGGCCCUUUCGGUCAACGGGACUUACUUUCUGGGGUUUUCUCUUUUUUGGUUGCUUUAUUUUGGUUUUUAAAUCCCAAAUUUACUCGACAAGGGAGCCCGAGGGAGGCAAGGGGAGCCACUGGCGCUGGGGCCGGGCCGGGCUCCCGGCCGCCGCACGGCACGCGCCUCCGACAGCUUCGGGGCUGCCGAAAGCCCCCGCCGUCCCGGAUGAGUUGGGACCCUGAAAGAAAAAGAGGCUGAAUAUCAUCCAGGAGCAAAGCUGGGGGAGAAUUUGGGUUAUUUUGGUUCUGUUUCAACAUUCCCGAAGGAGAACUGAACCCUGUUCCGAGCGUUGUAGCUGCAGUCGCUUGAAAAAAAAGUGAAGUUUUUUUUUGGAUGGGGGGGAGAGGGGAAAUGUUUCGAUUCUGAGCUUGUUCCUUCUUUUUCUCUCUCUCUCUCUUUCUAACCCUCGCUUUGCAAAUGCCAAGCGCGGGGGAACAUUGAAACGAAAAAGCCGGUUCAAACCAAAGAGGCAGAACAGCUCACUAGGCCUCACGCCUGCUGGAUGUGUGUCCUUAAUUCCUCCCUUCCCCCCUCCAAAAAAAUAACUUCUAUAUAUAUUUUGGUGACAGAAAUUUAUAACACACUUGGACAUCACCAAAGCUGCAAUUCUGAUUGAGAGGGGAAAAAAAAAUAAAAUAAAACCUUUGCACCUGUAUUUUCAUGUCUGCAGGGACAUGAGCGAGCCUCGCUCGGCCCGGCAGCCGCCGGCCCAGCGCCUCCACCUUCAGAGUGGGACUUCGGUGAGGAAGACUUGCCAGCAGCUUGGCUGGCUGACAUAAACCCAGAGCUCAAAAAAUGUAAAUGUUAAAAAUUCGGGCUCUUUUUUUUUUUUUUUUGGCUUGCUCUCUACUGUUACCUUCCGACGUCAGCAGAAUCAAAGGGAACGAGAGAACCGUAGGUUCUUUUUUUAUUAUUUUUUUAUUAUUAUUAUUAUUUGGGGUUAUCCGCUGCUGGUGCUGCCCUGAGGGCGCAGCGGAGCGAGGGGCUCGCCGCGGGAGCGGGUGCAGCGGGGAUGUGGCGCCUCCCCGCGCCCCUCGCGCCGGGGCAGGAGCGAGUCCUGGCCGGUCGGGGAGCACCACGCCGAAGCGAGCGAUCUCCAGGAGCUGCCUGACAAUAGCUUUCUGCUCCCCAAAACACAUCCGCAGAGACGCUGUGUGCAACAAAUCAGUGGAGAAGAAAAAAGAAAAGAAAAAAAGACUUUUUAAAACUACAUCAGACUUUUUUUUUUUAAAAAAAAUAAAAAAUCUGUAUCGACUUCUUAUACAAACUACAUUUUGCAGAUGACUGGUUACUUCAGGUGUUUUUUGUCUACGAUUUGGAGUCAUUGUAAAGUAUCCAAAGAUGCUGAGUACUGUAUAAUCUAGAAGAACUUGAAGCAAGGUGGUUUUUUUUGUCUCGAUUUGUUUGUUGGUUUGUUUUUGGGUUUUUUUCCUAUUUGUCUAUGCGGGAGAACCUUUGCAAUUUUUCUAUUUAUAACUAUUUUUAUGUGAUUGCUUUAUGUACAAAACAAUGGAGAAAAAACAAAAAAGGAGAGAGAGCGACAACACAUGCAAACAAAUUUGCCUUAGUUACUCACGGGACAAUCAUCCUUAACUUUUAUUGAAGCUAGAAACCGAAAGAAAAAAGAAAGACUCAAUCCUUUUACGUAUUUAUUAAACUGUAUUAAUUGUACUCUGAAAAUCUUAGCAAGACUUGGUUCUUCUGCAAACCUGGGAAGGCCAAGCCGCUCGAGAAGCCGAGUGGCGCGGCAUGCCAGAGGUGAGCCGGUUGAGCUGUGCUCAUCCUUGCUCAGGUUUGCCCAACAUCCAAAUUUGACUCUUUCCAAAGGUACUUUUUGAAAGAGAAGCCAAUGACGCAUUAUUUAAGCAUCUGGCCAGUAAUGUUUCUGGCUCAAGGAAGCUGUUUGCGUGGCAACACCGAUGACCAUAAACAAGUUAAGGUUGAUUUUCCCGGACUGCGUUGGUUUGGGUUGUACGUAGCUGGUUGCUGGCUGAGCGCACGCUGGGGACAGGGAGGGA